AUGGGUCUAAUUACCCUCGCUCUGCGAUCCUACCUCGUCUUUCAGAACCUUUACCAAACAUAUAAGACGCUCAAAUUACCUACACCGUCUUCUCGGACAGGGCACCCGACCGUCCGCGCCUUGACGCAGAGGAAGCGCGACAUGAAAGGUUGCAUGGCAGUUUGGAUCGUUUGGUGCUGUCUGGCAGCGUACGAAGCCGUAAUAGAAGGCAUCAUCAGCAUAUUCAUUCCUUUUUACGACGAGAUUAAGUCUGUUAUUUUGAUAUUUCUCAUAUUGUCUCGCGCUCGAGGUGCCGAGCCUAUUUAUCUACACGUCAUCCGUCCUCUGAUCAAGCCAUAUGUCGCUACUCUGGAUUCUAUCUUGGACCUCAUCCACAACAUCGGAGACUUCGUGUUGCUGGUCGUUUCCAUCCCCCUCUAUCCUAUCAUCUCGUGGUAUCGC